GAGCACAUGCGAGACGGCCUCCUGUCGUGGUGAAAGUAAGGGAGAGUGAUCGUAGCAGAGGAGCCCAUGAGAGCACAAUCGACAGCUGUACGAGCUCUGUUGGUGAUCACAAUGCUUGGAAUCGGCUCUGUUCGUGGAUUUCGUGUGUUCAAGACGGCAGGUUGCCUCGCACAUACGUUCUACAGAAACCAGCCAAGACCACACUUGCAAUAUCAGACCGCAAAAUUUAGAUGUGGACAAGUAAAGUUAGACCUUUCCAAGUCUUCAGACCAAGACAGACCAGAGAACAAGACAAUCGUUGACUUUGAAAGUAUAGGAGCAGCAGGAAAUCUGCGCUUGAAUAGGGACAAGGAGUCUCCCGUUGUGGACUCCAACGUUAACUUUGCCGUGAAGAAGUCUGACGAAGAAGAGAGUGGCAACAAACCAUCUCCAGGCUUUGAGCAGUUGGUCGAAUUUCCGUGCCAUUUUCAAAUUAAAGUUGUUGGAUAUCGGCAGGGAGAGUUUGUUGAAGACAUCCUUGACUCUGUGGGCAAUGUUGUUGGAGUCAAAAGAAGCGAUCUAGCGCAUUCGUACCGAGACAAGGGCAAGUGGCGAUCCAUCACAAUUAGAGUACCAGUGGAAAGUGCAGAUCAAUUGUAUCAGGUGUAUGCUGCCAUUCAGAAAGAUCCAAGGGUAAAAUACAAAUUCUAAUCGUGAUGUCUCAAAUACUGUAAAGUCUCAAAUACCCAU